AAUGUUUAGAAUAAACAAUGGGAGAUAAAUGAUUUUAUGGAAGUUUGGAAAAAAUUAGGACAGGAUAUUUUUACACCUAAAUUAGAGUAUUUAGAAGGAUUAUAUAUUAUACAUGAAAGAUUCAAGUUACAAACGACAGAAAAAUAUGUUCAAUACUUUCCAAUUUCAGAGUUAUCUACUGACCCACCACAACGAUUUGCAGCUUUAUUUGCAGAAAAGCCCUUAUGGCGGUCAGAAGAGAUUAUUCCUUUUUUAAAAGAUUUAGCACCUGAAAAGAAAGAUCAAGAUCACUUAUUACUUAAAUUUGCUCGUGUACAUAGAGAAAAGAAUAUGGUACUUUAUGGAAGUAGAAUUAAAUAAAGUCUUUAUUAAAAUGAAAGAAAACAGAUAAAUAUAUAAGAAUAGAGUCACAU